AUGGCCAGCGAGGGAGGCGUCGAAAUUCAUUCUGUGCCCAAGAAUGGCGACCUAGCCGAUCCUAUUCUGAACAAAGUAUCGCGUGUGGUGACGGGAAACAAAAUGUUUACUGCAGCACAUGCGAUGUAUUAUGGCGUUGGUUUAAAGGACGAAGACUUUGAUAAACCUCAGAUCGGUAUCUCUCCGGUCUGGUGGGAAGGAAACGGGUGCAAUGCUCAUUUACUCAAACUUGGUUACGAAGUCAAAAAGGGCUGUGAAGCAGCUGGUCUCAUUGGGCUCAUAUUCAAUACUAUCGGUAUCAGUGAUGCGAUCACUAUGGGCACAUCGGGAAUGCGCUAUAGUCUGCCUAGUCGUGACUUGAUCGCCGAUUCGAUCGAAGCUGGCCAAUUCUAUGAUGGCAACAUCUCGCUUCCGGGGUGUGACAAGAACAUGCCCGGGUGUGUGAUGGCGGCCGCUCGCCACAAUCGACCAACAAUCAUUGUUUAUGGUGGGACGAUGCAACCGGGUUCCCGUCAGAUCGAUUGUCCACCACUUGGCCUCAAGGCAGGAGAUCCCGUUAAUCUCGGCGACAUGUUCGAAACAUGGGGGGCGUUUUCAACUGGCAUAAUCAAUGAAGCCCAGUGUCACGAUGCUGUCAGGAACGCAUGCCCCGGAUCGGGUGCGUGUGGCGGCAUGUUCACUGCCAACACCAUGAGCUCUGCGCUCGAGGUUCUGGGCAUCUCGUUGCCCUAUUCUGCUAGUACUCCCGCUGACUAUGAAGAGAAGAAGGAGGAAUGUCGGAGGGCGGCGGGGUACUUGAAGAUUCUACUCGCGAAAGACAUCAAGCCCAGGGACAUCUUGACUCGCAAGGCUUUUGAGGAUGCCAUCGCCAUCGUCAACAUCAUUGGCGGCUCCACUAACGCCGUUCUCCACCUCCUUGCGAUGGCAAGAGCAGCUGACGUGCCACUUACUAUUGAUGACUUCCAGGUCAUCCGUGACCGUACUCCGUAUCUUGCUGACCUAAAACCUUCUGGCGCCUACGUAAUGGAAGACCUCCACAAAGCAGGAGGAAUCCCGGCUCUGCUCAAGUACAUCAUCGAACAUCCACAGUACGGCCAUCUCGUUGAUCCCGACCGAAUCACUGUGACAGGCAAGACAAUGAGAGAGAACUUGAAGGAUGUGAAGCCUCUGCAGUUUGGCCCAGAGGGACAGAAUGUUGUUCGACCAUUCGAGAACCCCAUCAAGACGAGUGGUCAUCUAACAAUCUUGAGGGGGAACUUGUGCCCUGGCUCUGCAGUAGCGAAGCUAACCGGGAAGGAAGGGCUACACUUUGAGGGCGUGGCAAAAUGCUUUGACGUAGAAGCCGACUUUUAUCCAGUAUUAGAGCGGGGGGACAUUAAGCCCGGAAUGGUGGUAAUUUUCCGCUACCAGGGGCCUAAAGGAGCUCCAGGGAUGCCUGAAGUACGUCCGCGACCGCGGUCUGGGAAAAUCACAUGUUUGAUCACGGACGGACGGUUCUCGGGUGCCAGCCGUGGAUUCAUCAUUGGUCAUGUCGUUCCUGAAGCCAUCCUUGGAGGGCCUAUCGCACUCGUACAAGAUGGUGACAAGAUCACGGUCGAUGCGGAGACUCGCGCCAUUACUUGGCAUGUCUCUGAUGAGGAUGCCGCUGCACGCAAGAAGGCAUGGGAAGGCCGUAAGAAGAACGAAUUGAAAGUUAGGCGUGGCGUUCUUUUCCGAUACGCCCGCGACGUCGCACCAGCUAGUGAAGGUGCAUAUUGCGAUUGA